AUGAAAAUGAAUUCUAGAUCGCUUGCGAUUCGAGCUCCUUUGACAUUGGGCCUUGCGCCGCGACUCCAGCCCUUGCUUGUACAACGGCAUUAUGCGACACAGACAGGUCUGGGAACGACCGCCACGUCCAAGUCGAAGCGCCGAACGGUCACGCCAUUCAAUGAUACCGGAGCCGUUCCGUGGUCGGAACUUUCGGCAGGCGAAAAGGCAGCGCGAGCUACACAGCAGACUUUCAACUUCGGCUUGAUCCUGGCAGGAUUGUUCGUCACGGCAACAUACGUUCUAUACACCGACGUUUUCUCCCUCGACAGCAAGACCGCGCACUUCAACCGAGUUGUCGACAGAAUCAAAAGCGACCCUAAAUGCAUCGGGUUGCUUGGAGACCCCAAGAAGAUUUCGGCCCAUGGAGACGAAACGUAUAACAAGUGGCGUCGGGCUCGCCCCAUUGCGGACAGUUCGACGAUAUCUACAGACUCGAGAGGCCAUGAACACCUGGUGAUGCACUUCUACGUCGAAGGACCUCUCAACAGAGGAACAGUCUACUUGCAUAUGAUCAGAACGCCCAGCAGCGGCGAGUUCGAGUACAAGUACCUCUAUCUUGACGUCAAGGGGCAUCACAGGAUCUACUUGGAGAAUGCGGACACAGGAACAGGUUCUGGGAAGAAGGGCUUCCGCUUCCUUGGUAUCAGCUGGUGA